ACGAAACCCUAGGCGGCUUUAAGCCCUAGACGAUUGACCGCACCCGAUACGUUCCCGAAUCCAACCCGUCUUCCUCCGCUCCGGCCUCUCGUCUGGCCGCCGCCGCCGCCUCCUCUCGCCACUCGCAAGUUUCGGGAGGGAUGGCUUCCGGUGGGCAGCCGCAGUUCCGGUACACGCAGCCGCCGUCGAAGGUGCUCCACCUGCGGAACCUGCCGUGGGACUGCACCCCGGAGGAGUUGGUCGAGCUGGGGACCCCCUUCGGCAAGGUCGUCAACACCAAGUGCGGCGUCGGCGCCAACCGCAACCAGGCAUUCAUCGAAUUCGCUGACCAAAAUCAAGCGAUUGCCAUGAUAUCAUAUUAUGCGUCGUCAGCAGAGCCAGCACAGGUAAGAGGGAAAAAUGUGUAUCUUCAGUACUCCAAUAGACAGGAGAUUGUCAACACCAAGACUACCGGGGAAGGUUCAGGCAACGUUUUGCUUGUGGGGAUGGAGGGUGUCGCGCCAGAUUCUGUCAGCAUCGAUGUUCUACACGUGGUAUUUUCUGCUUUUGGAUUUGUUCACAAGAUUGCUACCUUUGAGAAGGCAUCUGGUUAUCAGGCGUUAAUUCAGUUUUCUGAUGCUGAAACCGCAACAUCCGCAAAAGCUGCACUGGAUGGUAGAUGCAUUCCUAGCUAUUUGCUACCAGAACUGGAUGGGGCCUGCACUUUGAGAAUAAGCUAUUCAGCACACAGUGUUCUCAAUGUCAAGUAUCAGAGCCACAGAAGUAGGGACUUUACUAACCCUUACCUUCCUUUUCUGGAUUCUGCUAAAGAUGGAUCUGGAGCGGAUGGUAAAAAGCAGGAACCAGAGAGCAAUAUACUUCUUGCAUCCAUUGAGAACAUGCAGUAUGUUGUUACAAUAGACGUGCUUCAUGAGGUCUUUUCUGCUUUUGGAUUUGUACAAAAGAUAGCAAUUUUUGAGAAGAAUGGCUUUCAAGCAUUGAUCCAGUAUCCAGACAUUCAAACUGCAGUUGCAGCAAAAGAAGCGUUAGAAGGGCACAGCAUCUAUGAAGGUGGAUACUGCAAGCUUCACCUCGCAUUUUCACGACAUACUGAGCUUAAUGUUAAGGUUAACAACGAGCGAGGUAGAGAUUAUACAAAGGGGAACAUCACUGCAAGCAGUAAUCAACCUUCCAUUCUUGGUCCUCAGCCAGUACCAAAUGUUGGUGCCGCCAUUCCACAGGCAAACAAUAGUGUUCCUUCUGCAGCCACCAGUGCAGUAAUGCCACCAGGGGUGCCCAGUCCAGCAAUGCCUGGAGAACCAUCAGUUGCUCUAUCUUCCCAUCCUUCAAGUGAGCCACACUCGCAAACUCCUGUUGCGCCCCCAGGUGGACCUCCACAGUACUCUAGCCAGGCAAUCCUCCCAGGCCCCCCUCAACAGUUCCCAGGUUAUGGCUCAGCUCAAGCUCCAAUGCUGCAGCCUUCAGGUCAGGGAAGUCAACAGAUGUCCAACCAUGUAAACUAUCAGCUACCUCCAGGUUCAGCCCAGUUCAUGCAGUAUCUUGGCAAUGGAAGCCAUCUGGUUCCAAACUCACAUGGCCCACAAGCAGUGCCUUUCCCUGGCCUCGGUGGGCAGCAGCUACCUCCAGGUCCCCAGAUGAUGCAAGCUCCAGGUUAUGGAGGUCUGCCAUUUUCACAAGGUCCACGGCAACCGAUGACACAGUUUCCAAUGUACGGCAACCAGCAGUUCCCUCCGGGUAUGGAGCCCCAGAUGAUGCCCUUCUCUGAGCUGGGAGGUCAACAGCUUCCAUUUGCUCCGCAGGGUCCCUAUCGUCGUUAGCUACUCAAAGUAUGUUAGAUCAUAGACGGAUGUAUGUCAAUCCUUCUCUGUUACCGUUUUCCUAUGAUGUGAAAAUACUGUUUCUGUUCCCAGUUAGUAGGGUACUUGUUGGUUAAUAGUCUACAACGUGGUGAAAACAAGUGUCCAAUCUGGAUUUGCCGUGGUAAAUGUUUUGUAAUGGCCAUUGUAUUUGUAUCAAUCGUUCUCAUUGCAGAAAAAUUCUAAACUUGUAGCAUGUUCUUAUUC